UGAUUUGGAAAAAAGGAAAAAGACUAUUUGAAUAUUGAAAAGUGGACACAUAUCAGCUGUAGGAAGUAUAGUUCUAUAAGUAACUUCAGUUCGCCAGAAGUGCCAUUUUAAGUUCAUUGUUUGGACAAAGUGAAAAUUGUGAAUAAAUACAUGAUAGGAAAAAUCUCAUUCGAGAGAAGUUGCAAGAUGACGGUCUAUUUCUUCGUCUUGCUUCUGUUCUCUUUUCCUUGUCCUGUGUCUGCUGUUGGUCUGUUACACUGUUCAAGCUCUCAGUUUUUACCUUUAUAUACAAUUAUAUGACCUCUUUACAGUAUAUCUAUUGCCGAUGAGAGAAAAAAUAAUCUAUAUCAUCACCCCUAUUAGUAGAUGCUUCAUUGGUGAUCUGAACAGUAUCUUGUGAAAUGGUUGAUCUCUCUUUCUUUCUCUGCUUUGUGUGUGUGCACGCUUGUGAGUGUUUGUGCCCUUAUGUGUCAAAAGUUCUGUUUUGCUAGUCAGACGAAAUUGGUAGUUACUUAUGUAACAAAACUGUAGGUACCAUCCAGACAAGAAUGCAAAUGAUCCUAAAGCUGCAGAUAUAUUCAAGGAGGCCACUUUCUCUUAUAAUAUUUUGUCUGAUCCAGAUAAAAGGCGUCAGUAUGACACAGCUGGUUUUGCGGCUGUGGAAUCUGAAAGCCAGGAACUAGAACUGGAUCUUUCAAGCCUUGGAGCUGUCAAUACUAUGUUUGCUGCACUUUUUAGUAAACUUGGCGUUCCCAUCAAAACUACGGUAUCAGCCACUGUGUUGGAGGAAGCAUUGAAUGGCGUGGUAACCAUUCGUCCACUUCCACUUGGGCAACCUCUGUGUAGGAAGGUUGAAAAGCAAUGUGCUCAUUUUUAUUCUGUUACCAUAACAGAAGAGGAAGCGAAGGGGGGAUUUGUUUGCCGAGUUUGUUCACCAGAGAAGAGCAAGUUUAAGCUAUUGUAUUUUGAUCAAGAAGAAAAUGGUGGAUUAAGCCUCGUUCUGCAGGAGGAUAGUGCAAAAACAGGAAAGGUUACAUCGGCUGGGAUGUAUUUUCUUGGAUUCCCUGUGUACCGGAUGGACCAAACACAGAAUUCAAUUGCAGCAGCGAAGGAUCCUGAUGCAGCUUUCUUCAAGAAACUGGAUGGAUUUCAGCCAUGUGAAAUAAAUGAACUAAAGUCCGGCACCCAUUAUUUUGCUGUUUAUGGUGAUAAUUUUUUCAAAAGCGCAAACUACACCAUAGAAGCUCUUUGUGCUGCACCUUUCAUGGAAGAAAAAGAGAACCUUAGAACCGUGGAAAGCCAAAUUUUGUCGAAAAGAGCGGAACUCUCUAAGUUUGAAACCGAAUAUAAGGAGGUUCUAGCUCAAUUUACUGAAAUGACAAGUAGAUACACGCAAGAAAUGCUAGCUAUUGACGAGCUUCUUAAACAGAGAAAUGAAAUACACGCUGCCUACACAAUCAUUCCACAAAUAAAGCGUAGCAUUAGUAGUCGGAGCAAGAACAAGGGUGCAUUCAAGGAAAGUGACGAGGGAGAAGCAAGUAAAAGAAAACCUUCUAGGGAACGUUCAAGGAAGAAAAAAUGCUCUUUUUCACCCAGCGGUUGUGAAUGGAAUUGUCAAAGCUCGUGACUUCAUUUGCCGCACAUUCAAAAUCAUGCAAGAGAUUUUAGGAACCCUUGCUGACACCAGGUUUCAUUCUUCAAAUAGUGAAUUUUGAAGCCGGCGUCUAUUGGAAUUGUGACACUUGUAAAGAUUUCAACUUUUAAAUUAUUACAAUUGUAAUAUUAUUUCGUCUUGCUUCAUUGCUUGUAAUCCAUCCCUUUUUAAGAUUUUCAUUGUCGUACUUUGUAAAUUGCUUAGUUUAUUUAUUUAGUUCUUUUCAUCAAA